UACACAGUACUUAACAGUUGAGCUUAUUCUGCUCGUAGUUGAGGAAGAAGAAGGAUUCGUUCGAACUCUCUGCCAGUUGCACAGGCGGCAAUAAUAUUUUUCCGAUCGUGUGCAAUUGUCGUCAAAAUGGACGUCGGUGGGUCACGAGUCACCAACAUAUUUGAUCUCCCACGAGAAAUCAUCGUGAGAAUUUUUCUCUAUUUCAACCCCAAAGAACGUCUUAGAUUAGCGAGGACUUGCAGAACAUUUGAAGAACUUGUAUUCGGUGAUAUGGAAUUAUUGAGGAAUUUGGAUUUUUCACGAAUUGGAUUGAUAACAACAGUCGCAGAUGUAUGGGAAUAUUUUGAGAGUGAAACCGUGAAUCAGUAUAUCCGUAAAGUGAAUGUAAGCAAUGUAAGUUGGAUGAGGCCAGGACAAAUUAUGAACAACACGAUUGGCAGAGCAGUGAACCUGGUCGAUGUUAAUAUACUCGGACGUAGAUUCAGAGACCUUCAACAGUUGGUAUCUUUGCUUGAAUUGCUGAUAAAUCUUAAAAGGCUGUCUUUUGAUUGGCCCGAUGGGAUUGAAGAUGUGUCCCACUCUAUUGACAUUCUGCGAACCCCGUUCGGCCGGCUCAAAUAUUUGGCAGUAAAAGUGAGCGUUUAUUCCAUCAAUUUUUUUCCUACUUUACAAUGGAACUGUAAUGAACUCGUGGAGCUCCGUAUAAUAGCAUUGCCACCCCGAGACGGGAAACUAAAACUGAUUUCGUGGCCCCUGUAUGGCCAUGAUAAACUGAAGAAGCUUAAGAUUGUUCAAGCUCAUGGAUGGAAUGUGCAUCGCACAAUAUAUAGACAUAUUGUUAAUAUGGUUCCGGAUCUGAAUCAAUGGACAGAUUUUCAAACGAUUGGUAGUGAUCUUGGACUCAAAGGAUUCUAUCUUGAAAAAAAUAUCGAAAUUUGUCAUCAACUACGAAAAACGCGAGUGGCAAACAAUGUUCCACAUCGCCGUCCUCCUGAUAAUUUCCCACAUACAUGGUCUGUGCUUUCGGAAUGUUUGGUGCGAGAAGCAAUAAGACUCACCCAUGAAAGGGCACCAAAGGAUUUCUGUUGUUUACGAAGAACAGCCGUACAUUCGUCAGCAACCCCAAGUAGCUGGCCACUCGCAUUGAGGAUUGACGAGGCAAAGCGGCUGCUGAAAGAUCCCGAGUACCAGAUAUCUUUGUUGUACUUGGAGCAUGACAUUGACACGCAUUGUGAUAUCCAUUUAGUGGCAUCCGCAUUUCCAAACUUGAGAAACCUUUUUCUAUGUCGAAUUCUAAGAUCGAAAGAUAGAACUCAGGGAGCGCAAUACUUGCCGAGGCGCCUUACUAAGGAAGGUAGUGGCGCACCUGCCGCGUUGCAGGAUGUAGCGGCCGGAGGACCGCACGAUAGUUCUUUUAAAAUUCUUGUAGAAAACACGCCGCUACUUAGGGAUCUGACGAUUUGUUAUUGGGGACACGCGGACCCACUACUCGAGACCUGGGACUUCGAUGCUCUGUUGCAUAUUUCGCAGUGGCGGAAUCUCACAGCCCUACGUUUGGCUUUUGUACCCGUCCACGACGGACAGUUUUUGAUCGAUGUUGGAAAACACUGUGUAAACCUGGAGACAUUGGUGCUAGUGCAUCUGGGAACAACGGGCCAUUCCAGAACGUACAUGAGGGAUCUGGCAGAAAUGCUGAGACAUUGUCGCAAUAUCAGGGAAUUCUUCUUUGAAGACGACCAAGUAUUCGGAGCGCAUGAAGUGCUUAUGGCUCUUACCAACAAUCUAAAGCUUGAACGUAUUGAAAUGGAGUUUUACGAGAGAGGAGAGGAUUAUGCGCGUAUGAUGGCAUCGAUGUACCAUCUACUCCGGACUUGCACGCUGUUAAAUAAAUUCAAGUAUACCAACAUUUGGACAACGACUCGUAAUUUAUAUUUGUGCUACUUGGUCACUCGGUUACGCAGAAUAAGGGGUGAACUGAAUCGUCCAGAUUUUCAGUUCGAAGUACUCUUACCAAACUACGGUAUCCGCCACGAUUCUCCGAAUGUAGAUGUUAUUCUUCACGAGUACCCACCUUGGUACGACUUUAACUGCAGACUCAUUUAUCCUUUAUUUAGUUUUGAAAAUCAUUUUUGGGCGAAUAUCUAAACUAAAUUAUUCUUUCUAAAAUGUAUAAUAUAUAUUAUAUAAUAUAUAAUAUAAAAUAUAUAUUAUAUAAUAUAUAAUAUACUAUAAAUGUAUAACUGUUUGUCUUAUAUUUUGUACAGAAACACACAGGUAUGUUCGAUAAAUUUUAUAUUCAAUCAAUAAGUAUAUAUUUCGCGUAAUACUGAUGUUUCAAGUAUUACCCAGACACGUGUAAGACACAUAAAUAACACAUGGUUCAAUGACUAUUAAUUUUCAAUCUGAAUCUCUGUAUUUAUUUCGUUUGCAGACUCCUGUUAGAAAUUCAAAAAAUCACGACUCUCGUUCUCCAAUGUA